UAUUGCUAACAUCUCGGGCACAGUAAAAGCUGCCAUUCUAUAUACCAUAGCUCAAAGAAUCUGUUUCUCUGAGCUUACACGCUGUUGCCGAAGAACCGCAAACUCAUUUGUACGCCAGCAGUGCAAUCUAUAAGUUACAGGAUACCCCACCUCAUUUCGACCGAAAGUAACCGGGAGACUGUUACAGUGCACAUUUCAGAAUUCCUUUUGCGCGAUCAAGUUCGUGGUGAAAGAAAGCUGUAGAAGGAAAAGCUAGCGGCUCAACUGUGGAAUUGCCUCAAUCAUGUCGUCCACAUUCAGCUUUGGCUUUGCGGGGGAUGAUAUUGAUAUUGACGAAAAUGAUACCGGCGAUGUCAAUCAAGAAGGCUUCACUUUCCGACAAGGCAUUAGUGCUAGACUGCCCGAGUUGGUGCCAGCCAGGCGUCAUGAUAUGUCAGAGUGGAUUCCCUCGCUUCCCUCACAAAUCUCGUACAACAAGCUUGCCAUCCCUAUUUCUCAGCAUGGAAGCCCAGGGAAGCCAGUGACGCUUGCACGCCGGGAUGUUUACGACAUUCGAACCCAGCUGAUGGCAGAAGACACUGCCGAAGACAGAGAAGACAACUAUGAGCUGAUCACUGGGCUUGAGAAAGGCGACAUCAAGCCCAACUUCUACGAGGGCGGCUUUAAGACGUGGGAAUGUGCCUUGGACCUGGCGAAACUGCUUCUCGACGCUAAUGCGAUGAAUGCGAUGACGAAAACUGCCGGCAAACGGCAUUUCAUCGAGCUCGGGGCAGGCACUGCCGUGCCAUCCUUAGCCCUGUUUGCACAGCUGCUAUCAAUGGAGCCCAAUGCUCAACGAAGGGUCCACUUCACAUUCGCGGACUACAACUCCGCUGUUCUCCGUCUCGUCACUUUCCCGAACCUCCUUCUGACAUGGAACUACAUCGUCUCGGCACAGGGAACGCCGCUCUCUGCCGAGUCUCUAUCGCCCGAAGACGGGGACACUGAGGAUGAAUUACUGGAAAUUAGUCCCGAGCUUGUCGCGAGCUUCCAGAGAGACCUGAAAAGGCAGGGGAUUACUGUUGAAUUCGUCUCCGGCGCUUGGUCGCCCGAAUUCGUGGACUUGGUGUUUUCAUCCGGUGAACAGAGUAGAAGCGAUGCGUUGAUUCUCGCAAGCGAGACCAUCUACUCUCCUACCUCGCUGCAGGCCUUUUCGGAAACGUUGCUUGCUUUAUUGCGUCGGCCUGCGCAGGAAGGAUUCUCAAGCCAGGCUUUGAUAGCGGCGAAGAAGGUCUACUUCGGCGUGGGUGGUGGGGUGGAUGAGUUCCUUGCUGUGGUGGGAGGAAUCAGUGGCGGUAACUUGAGGGUGCAAGAGCGACUAGAUGUCAAGUCUGAAGGUGUUGGAAGAGUAAUUCUCGAGAUCGUGCUUGGAUAGGAGUAUAGAGUACUCGGUAUGCAGUUCUGGUAUUCCAUGAUGGUGCUAGAAUAUUAGUAGUUAGUUGGGCUUAGAUAAACAUGCA